UCUCCCGCCUACUUUCACUUUCACACACAUUGCACGACUGUUCAUGUUCCUUAGCUUUUCCAAACCAAAAUGUCAACAGCCGAACCAAACAAAAACAUCUUCUGCAUAUACGAUUCUCGUAUUGCAACCUUGGUUUCUCCAAACUCACAUGAACUUGUUUCCACACAAACACUAACCAACUUCCUUAAACCAUGUUCUAAAACCAUUCACCAUUCAGAACCACCGUUUCUCCAAAACCAACGCAAGAAUCAUCAUCCUCUUCCUAAGAUUCACUUCAAAGGUUGGAAAAACCCCCAAACCAAAUGGGGUGAUUGGGUUGAAACAUUAACAGCACACCAUGCUUUCACAUGGAACCAAACAGAUUCAUGCGACGCCCUUUUGUCUUCUCUAUACCAUUUCCCAAAAAACACAUCUUUGAUUCUAGCUUUAGUACAACAUUGGUCUCCAAAAACCAAUACUUUUGUUUUUCCUUGGGGCGAAGCCACUAUCACACUUGAAGAUGUAAUGGUCCUAGGUGGAUUUUCAGUUCUUGGUGAACCAAUAGCUCUUCCUCUUUCUUCUGAUUUGCUUUCAAUAGAAGCUAAAUUGAUCAAACUUCGAAGGAGAAUGUCGAAAACAAAAUCCAGAAAAGCAGAUCAUAAUACAUGGUUAAAGUUUUUCAAAGAGGGUUUAGAAGAAGAAAGUCAUGAGAUUUUUGAACUUGAGCAUGUGGGUUUUCUUUGUUUAUGGUUAUCAAGGUUUGUUUUUCCUUCAAUUUCGGAUUCUAGUAUCGACCCGCGCGUUUUCUCGAUUGCUAUUCAUUUGUCACAAGGUACAAGAAUGGCUCUUGCACCUUCUGUUCUUGCUAGCAUUUAUCAUAAUUUGAGUUUGCUUAAAGAAAAACUAGUUUCUUUUUCUGUGAAGGAUUUGGAUUUGAAAGUUAAUGGUCUAUUUCACCUUGUGCAACUAUGGUUAUUUGAAAGGUUUCCAAUUCUUAGUCCAAGUUGUCCUCAUGAACUGAAAAAAGGCGAACCUAGAGCUGCCAGGUGGCACAAGCUUAACUCUGAUUCUGAUCAUGCUUCUUUUGAGUUAAUUCUGUCUGCUUUGGAAUCAAAAGAGAAUUUUCGGUGGCGUCCUUACGUGGAUGAUUUGAAAAAUUGGUGCUCUGUGUCACAUUACAAAGAAAAUGAACAAUUUGCUGUUGUUGAUGAUGGUUCAAAUUGUGAUUUAGCAGAGGAGUUGAGGUGUUUUGGAGUGUGUCUGUUUGCUGAUGAGAUUUUCGGUUUGGACUGUGUUGAGAAGUAUAUGCCAUAUAGGGUAGCAAUGCAAUUUGGAAUGGAUCAAGAUGUUCCUCCUUGUGAAUUCACUUUUAUGAGUCCAUUUUGUAAUGAAAAGUUUAGCCUUUAUGUUCCUGCUAAAUCUUAUAAGCCUUGUGUGUCAUUGGAAUAUCAUAAUUGGUGGAAGAAAUUAAAGGUGGAUGAUUCUGAUAAGUUGGAUGUAGUCAUGAUUGCAAAGCAAUAUUGUGAAGAGGGAAAACUUGCAUCUAUUGGUUCUAUUGAAAUUGGUUCAAAGAGAAAAUCAUCAAGCAAUGAAGAAAACAAUAGUAGUAGUGUAGUUUUUGAAGCCAAGAGAUUGAAGAAGAAUGAACGAUCUUUCAAGUGUGGAUUCAACAAUGAUGAUGAUGUUGGAAAAGGGAAAAAACAAGAUGGUGUAGGAAGUUAUGAUAGCCCUUUGGAUGUUGAAGAUUAUGCAUGCACCAUUUUGGGGGCUUCUUCUUCUCACCCUAUAAGUAUUUGAUAAUUACAUGAAGAAGUUUUUGGUGCUUUUUUUUGGACAAAAGGCAAAAGCUAAAGGCAUGAUUGGAUUGAAACAUGAA